AUGACUGAAGAACUUCAAAAAGAAAAUCAAAUUGCUGUUGAUUUAGAACAACAUUCUUAUCGUUCCUAUAGAGGCAUUACCUGUUUAGUUCAAAUUUCUACUCGUACAACAGAUUAUAUUAUUGAUGCGUUACAACUGAGAGAUGAAUUACAUUUUUUAAAUUUAGUCUUUGAAAAUCCAAAUAUAGUGAAAACCGAGAAGAUUGUAAUUGCAUUUUCGCCUCUUCUCGUGCUACAUUUCCAGAUAAUGCACGGUAGUCACAAUGAUAUUCUAUGGUUACAACGUGAUGGAAUAAAACUGAAAAAUUUAUUUGAUACUGAAAUUGCUGCAAGAGAACUAAAGUUUCCGUGUUUAUCUUUAAAAUAUUUAUUAAAGAAGAUUUGUGAUGUUGACAAAAAUGAAGAGUAUCAAAUGUCUGAUUGGAGAACCCGGCCAUUAACCGAAAAUCAAAUUAACUACGCUCGUACAGAUACGCACUACCUUUUGGUUAUUUAUGACAUUUUAUUUAAACGUUUAUCUGAUUUGCAAGAAAAAUAUCCAACAAUUAUACAAAAUGUCUAUGCAAAGUGUAAAUUGUUGAGCGAAAAAGUGUACAAAGCUCCUGUGUUCGAAGAGAAAGGCUAUUUGAAACUUAUGAAGGACCAUAAGAAAAAUUUCAAUCAACUACAGCUUCACGUCUUAAAACAUUUGUAUGCUUGGAGAGAUCGUGUAGCAAGAAAGCAUGAUGAAUCAACUGGGUAUGUGUUAAACAAUGAUCUGUUAUUAAAAAUAUCAGAAGAAGCUCCACGUGAUAUUGACAGUGUCUACAAAUGUGCACAUCGCUUACCAGUUUUAGUUACUCAAUAUAUAGAAGAAAUUGAAGAUUUAAUAUGUAUUGAUAAAUGUGAAGAACCAACUCCGGUAUGUACGAUACAACAAUCUGCUCUUACUCAAACUAUAAGAGAACCAACUGCACCAAAAGAUCGUUCACAAAGUAGCAAAAAAAAUCAGUCUAGACGUAGAAAACUAUUUCGUGCAAAGCAAAGAUAUACGUUUUUCGUAGGUUACGAUGUUAAUGUGCAUUCAUAUUAUGAUCUUAGACAGUUACUAGCACAUUAUGGUAUCCCACAAUUAAAUGUUAAUUUGAACACCGACCGAACAAAAUGUUAUGUUGGUCUGAAGAAUCAGGAAGAAAAAAUGUCUUCCAUCACACGACGAGGUUCAUCGUCAUCGAACUCUUCUACUCAAUCAGCAAAAGCAAGAAACACUCAUUGUAUAAUUGAAACACCUCAAGCUGACGGUACUGUUGAAAAAACAGUAAUUGUAUUAGGACAAAUAUUGAAUCCAUCAAAUAGACGAUUAAAAGUUAAAGAUAGUUGUUCAUUGAAACAUGCUGCUCGACAUGCUAAAAGAUCUGUCAUUAAUUUCAUUGGUGACGAAGAAACGUGUAAUCAUCAAUUAGAAUUGUUGAUGGAAUUCGAAUGGGACGAAGAGACAACAGUUAAUGAAAACACAAAUCCAGCUGGAAAUAAUGGAAGUUUCAAGGUUCCCGACAUUUUAGCUGCAAAGGACGAACCAGCCGCUCCAGCAUCUGAAGUUGCAGUUCGUGGAUUGAAUAAUUCACGUGACUCAACAAAUAAUUUAUCUGCUAAUGCAAUUGAAAGAGCACGUGAUAAUUCAACAACAACAAAAAAACCACCACCAGUUCACGCUUGUUCUCUUCUUGCUAAUAAAAAGAAGAUUGAAACAAGAAAAAAAAGCUUGAUUUAUGAUGAAGCAUUAGAAUCUUUGUCAACGAAUGAUUCAGCCGACAACAAGCAGUUGGUUACAAAAUUAAAUCAGCUAUUAAAACAACAACUGCAAUUGGAAAAAGAACAUGCGAAACUUCAAAAGAAAUAUGAUGAUUUGAAAAUUAAUUCAAUACCUAUGGCAAAUGAUCAGGUUUAUGAAAAUUAUGGUCCAUUACUGGGUUUAGCUCCGAGAAUAUUGAAAUUGCUGAAAGGAGAUCAUCAAUCCACUACCGCACGUGCAAUUGUUAGACACUUAUUUCCAGUUAAUGUUCGGCAAGAAAUGAGGAGAUGA